AGUCUCCGAGUGCUCGGAAUUCCAGGAGUGUUUGUUAUAUAUUCCCAUUCUGCAUCUGAGCUUGGCCGCAGUUUCUCUUUGGGAGCAGAAUUGAUAUCAAGAAAAUUAAGCCAAAAACGUCUAAUGAGAACUUUUAAGUCAGGAAAAGCCCUUUGAUUUGCGGCACAAGAUGGGAGACUGGGGCUUCCUGGAGAAGUUACUGGACCAGGUGCAGGAACAUUCAACAGCCAUCGGCAAGAUCUGGUUGACCGUCCUCUUCAUCUUCCGCAUCUUGAUCCUGGGUCUAGCCGGGGAGUCCGUCUGGGGGGAUGAGCAGUCCGAUUUUGUGUGCAAUACCAAGCAACCCGGCUGUACCAACGUCUGCUAUGACAAUGCCUUCCCUAUUUCCCAUAUUCGUUACUGGGUGCUGCAGUUCCUCUUUGUCAGCACCCCAACUUUGGUCUAUUUGGGGCAUGUCAUCUACCUCUCCCGACAAGAGGAGAAGCUAAAGGAACGGGAGCACGAACUCCGGGCAUUGCAAACCAAAGAUUACAAGGCAGCAGCUAUGUUGAUGGCGGUGGAGAAGAAGAUGGCCAAGAUCUGUGUGGCUGAAGAUGGACACAUUAAAAUUCGCGGACCUCUAAUGUGGACCUACGUCAUCAGCGUGAUCUUCAAGACCAUCUUUGAGGCAGGCUUUCUUCUUGGCCAGUGGUACCUAUACGGCUUUGUCAUGCAUGCUAACUAUGUGUGCAAAGGUCCUCCAUGCCCAUAUCUUAUAGACUGUUUUAUGUCCCGUCCCACUGAAAAAACCAUCUUCAUCCUUUUCAUGCUGGUAAUGGGCUUGAUCUCCCUUGUCCUCAACAUUUUGGAGCUUCUCCAUCUCUUUUGCAAGCACGCGCUCAAAAGGGUUAAGGAAAGAGACUGCUGCUCCCCAUCGUCUGCUCCCCCUCUACCCUUCGAUGCCAACAGCAUGGGUAAAAUGCCAACGGGGCCUUAUCCACCAGAUAAACCCUAUUUCUACCUCCCCAUGUCAGACGGGCAUGCUCCACCCUACCAGGGAUACAACAAGCUCUCCAGUGAGCAGAACUGGGCCAACUACAACACAGAAGAAACCUUGGCCUUGCAAAACCAAAUGAAUGCCCCUGAUCUCUUUGCAACAGUAGCCCCUGGGAUCCGUCCCUCUCCAGACAGGCAGUCCAGCCGACCAAGUAGCAGUGCUUCUAAAAAACAGUAUGUCUAGCAAGCAGCCAUUUGAAGUGUAAGCUCCAUGGGGGCUUCCUUGAGAGCAGCCAAGUUUCUCCUGAGGGUCUCUUCAUGCGGAAGGCUCCAAUAUGAUUCCUUACCAUGGAAGAAAGAGGCUGGGCCUCGGGAUUCUUCCCAGGUGCUUCCCAAGUUUUUGCCACAGUAUUCUACUGCCCAGGUGAGAACUAGGACUUGAAUGCAUGGACACAGACUGAACUUGUGGAUCCACCAAAAGUGUAAAAAGACAAACAAUCUCAUAGAAGUCAUUGAAGUGGCUGGUUAACGAGCAUUUUAAGAUGGAGUGCUAAAUGUUGAUUCCUGGAGGAAAAACAUAAGUAGUUGGGUCUGUAUUUUGAGGUGUCUUGUGACUUGCAGAUCAGCAAACAGCCACCGGACCACAAAGGGAGGAGGGUAGGUAGAAGAGAAACCAGCUUGGACUAUCCAAACUGAGUUUCAAAUACUGGAAGUAAAUGCAAGCUGAAAA